AUGAAUUACCUUAUUCAACAACAAAAAAACAAGAAACUUAAUCAUGAUUUACAUGAAUACGUUGAUAAAUUAGAAGGAAAGUCCAAAGUAAUGCGAGACGCAAAGCGCAAGAAUCCGGAAACUGGUGUCAUAGAUUGUGAUUCAGCAGUAGAUAGUUCGUCUGAUAAUGAGUCAGGUGACGAGUUAGCUUCACCUGAAAGGGAAAUAUCAGAAACAUCAGUUGUGCUCUCACUUGAUGAAGGAGAUGAUGAUGAAGAUGGCGAUGGUAGUAGCGCAGCAGAAACAUCGGAUAACGACGAAUAA